GCCCCCGCUCGAGGCCGCGGCCCGGGCUGGGUCUCGCGAGAGCUUGAGGGGCACGGCCGCGGCGGGAGCGGCGCCGCUUCUCCUCAGGCCGGUCGGCGCCGCUCGCCAUGAGCUUCCUCUUUGGGAGUCGAUCUUCGAAAACAUUCAAACCCAAGAAGAAUAUUCCUGAAGGCUCCCAUCAGUAUGAACUCCUGAAACAUGCAGAAGCCACCCUGGGAAGUGGUAACCUUAGGCAAGCAGUUAUGCUGCCAGAGGGAGAGGACCUUAAUGAGUGGAUCGCAGUUAACACAGUGGAUUUCUUCAACCAAAUCAAUAUGCUCUAUGGGACCAUCACAGAGUUUUGCACAGAGGCCAGCUGUCCAGUCAUGUCUGCUGGACCAAGAUAUGAGUACCAUUGGGCAGACGGCACCAACAUAAAGAAGCCGAUUAAGUGCUCAGCUCCAAAGUACAUUGAUUACUUGAUGACAUGGGUUCAGGACCAGCUGGAUGACGAAACGCUCUUCCCUUCAAAGAUUGGCGUCCCUUUUCCCAAGAACUUCAUGUCGGUGGCCAAGACCAUCCUGAAACGGCUAUUCCGCGUGUACGCCCACAUUUACCACCAACACUUUGAUUCUGUCAUGCGACUGCAGGAGGAGGCCCACCUCAACACCUCCUUCAAGCACUUUAUCUUCUUUGUGCAGGAAUUUAACUUGAUCGACAGGCGGGAGUUGGCUCCACUGCAGGAACUGAUUGAGAAGCUGGGCUCCAAAGACAGAUAAACUUUCCCCAGGAGGACCCAUUCAGCUUCUGGUUGUGGCUGUUCCUUUCUGCUUUGUACACCAGCCGUUCUCCCUUUCACCUUCAGCAGUGCAAGCCUCAAGAAGCUGGAUGAUGUGCUGGCUGGCAUCGCCUCGCUCAGUCUUGCAGGCCUUUGGCAAAACAGUGCUUGUACUGCACAGUGGCAGCCUGCAUUGUUUUAUAACUGGUGGCUGAGCUGUGGUGACUAGCGCUACUUCGUACAUUUUUUUCUAAGCUAUGUACUCAAGUCUGGCAAGAAUUGCAGUCUGGGACUCUUGACACAGAGCUUGUAGCAGGUUGCUUUGUUUCCCACAGGCAUGGGUGAAGUUCCAGAGUGCCACACUGCUGUUUUCAGUGCUGGAGCAGUUUCACUCUGGAUCCCAUGGAUACAGAACCUGGCCUACAAGCAGCCAGCCUGGGGCUAUAUCCAGCAUGUGCUUCCCUUGGGGAAGACCAGCAGUGGCACAGCUUAUUUUUGGAAGUGCUUUUUUUGGAUUUAGAUGCACUUUGGCCAAGAGCCUUAAGCUCCCCUCAUGGCAGCAUUGGGGGGAGGAGGAAAAAAGUGCCUGUCAAGGGGAGCCUGUCCCCUUGGUGUGCAGAGCAGCUUUUCUGUCCCCAGCUGGGGGGGGGGGGAACACGACAGAGAGGGAAUGGCAGGGACCAUGUGUGGCAAGGCAAUAAAGUUUCUUCUUCCUGCUCUCUUUUUUAAUGGA